GCUGGAUGGGAGCCGACCACGCUGAUGACCUGCAGUAUGUGUUCGGAAAGCCUUUCACCACACCACUGGGGUACUGGCCUCGCCACCGUGAUCUCUCUGGCUACAUGAUCGCCUACUGGACCAACUUUGCCAAAACUGGAGACCCAAAUAAAGGAGAUCUGAGUGUGCCCGCUACUUGGCCUAAAUUCACUUCCACUGGACACCAGUUCUUGGAGAUCAAUUCUAAGAUGGACAAGAGCUAUGUACAUCAGAAGAUGAGAAUGCGUUACGUGCAUUUCUGGACUAGUGUCCUUCCCAACCUUCCCGUAAUCUACACAGAAUAAAGAGUAUUAGUAUCGGUUCAUGAAAAAAUAAAUUGAUGACAAUUAAAUAAAACCAAGGAAAUAUAAUUUAUAUAUAUGUGUUAAUAAUAAUUAACAUGUAUAUUUGUAUGUAGUGCUAAAGAAAUUUACUUUCCAUGUAUGUCGCCUGGGUUUGUUUGAUCGUCUCUGGCUCAGUGACGAUAAACAAUG